GUACUCUAUGAAGGUGGUUAAAGCAGCUGCUCAGGUGCUGAACACACUGUGGCAGUACAGAGAUCUACGUGCCAUCUAUAAAAAGGACGGAUGGAAUCAAAACCAUUUUCUCACACCAGUGUCCACACUGGAGCGAGACAGGUUCAAGUCCCAGCCCACCCUCCCCACCAGCAACGUUCAGAUGUCUCCAGUCAACCACCCUGCUGCCAGCGCCACGUCGUCUCCUGCACUGCUGGGCAUCAGAGAGCAUAGAGACACCAUCAGAGAUUAUCAGAGAGCACAGUCAACUAUGCAAUUUUCUAAUUACCAAGGAGACAACAGUAUUCAUAAAAAACAGUAUACAGGUACACACCUGAAAGCCACUCGGGGUUACGCUCCUUAA